GAGCCUACUACUGGUUCUCCUGCUGCUGACAAGCCCCCCACCCACACCUGGCAUGGAGGACGCCGCCUUCCCCCACCUGGGGGAGAGCUCGCGGCCCCCGCCCCGCGCCUGCCCCCCGCGCUGCUCCUGCCCCCGGGCAGACACGGUGGACUGCAACGGCAUGGACCUGCAGGUGUUCCCAGACAACAUCACCAGGGCAGCUCAGCACCUCUCCUUGCAGAACAACCUGCUCCAGGAGCUCCCCUACAAUGAGCUGUCGCGCCUCAGCAGCCUGCGGACCCUCAACCUCCACAACAAUCUCAUCUCCUCCGAGGGGCUGCCCGAUGAGGCCUUUGAGUCCCUCACACAGCUGCAGCACAUUUAUGUGGCCCACAACAAGCUCUCGGUGGCCCCCCAGUUUCUGCCCCGCUCCCUCCGAGUUGCGGACCUGGCUGCCAACCAAGUGACAGAGAUCUUCCCGCUUACCUUUGGGGAGAAGCCUGCGCUCAGGUCCGUGUACCUCCACAACAACCAGCUGAGCAACGCCGGCCUGCCCCCCGACGCCUUCCAUGGCUCUGAAGCUGUGGCCACCCUCAGCCUGUCCAGCAACCGGCUCAGCUACUUGCCGCCCAGUCUGCCGCCCUCGCUGGAGCGGCUCCACCUGCAGAACAACCUCAUCUCCAAGGUGCCCCGAGGAGCCCUGAGCCGCCAGACCCACCUCCGUGAACUUUACCUCCAGCAUAACCAGCUGACAGACAGCGGCCUGGAUGCCACCACCUUCAGCAAGCUUCACCACCUCGAGUACCUGGACCUGUCCCACAACCAGCUGGCCUCGGUGCCCGCUGGUCUGCCCCGCGCCCUGGUCGUGCUGCACCUGGGCCGCAACCGCAUCCGGUGGGUGGAGGCGGCCCGGCUGCGCGGCGCCCGGGGCCUGCGCUACCUGCAGCUGCAGCACAACCAGCUGGGAGCGACGGGGCUGCCCGCGGGGGCGCUGCGGUGA